UCGACAUCCUAGAGUUGUUAGUCACAAAAAUCUGAGUUCAUUUUUGUUUUGCCUCACACACAAUACACUUUUUUAAUAAAAUAUAAGACAUAUAUGUACUUCUAACCCCCAUAAUGGCCUUGGAGUUCGUUUGUGGAAUGAACCGAAUGUCCUUCAUGCGGCGCUUUGAUGAUUUGCAAACCGAAUGGCAACUGCAGCAGUUACGCGAGGCAACCAGUAAUUUCGAGAAUCCCUAUACUCUGAUGGCUCCACCUUUCGAAAAGCCCGCUGAGAAUCUGCCAAAGAUCCUGGCUCACUGCGGCAUCGAGAUGAACUUUGACCAUGGCACCACAACUUUGGGUUUCAAGUACCAGGGCGGUGUGAUCCUGUGCGCCGAUUCCAGGGCCACCUCGGGCCAAUACAUAGGUUCCCAGACCAUGAAAAAAAUCGUGGAACUAAACGAUUAUAUGCUGGGCACCUUGGCCGGCGGAGCGGCCGACUGCGUCUACUGGGAUCGAGUGCUGGCCAAGGAGUGCCGGCUCCACCAGCUACGCUACCGGAAACGCAUGACUGUGGACACGGCGGCCAGGAUUAUAUGCAACAUAUCCACGGAGUACAAGGGCAUGGGCCUGGUCAUGGGCAUGAUGUUGGCCGGUUUCGAUGACGAGGGCGGCAAAUUGAUUUACGUGGACUCGGAGGGCAUGCGGACGCAUGGUCAUGUCUUUUCCGUGGGCAGUGGUUCGCCCUAUGCCCUAGGUGUCUUGGAUACAGGCUAUCGGUAUGAUCUCACUGACCAGGAGGCCUAUGAUUUGGCCCGAAGAGCCAUCUAUCAUGCCACCAGCAAGGAUGCCUAUUCGGGGGGCAUAGUGCGACUUUAUCACAUCAAUGAUUUAGGCUGGAAGAAUAUCUCAAAUACGGAUUGUUCGGAGCUCCAUGAUGCCUACUAUUGUGGGGAGGAGAGAGGGCCAAGAAGGGACUCGGAGGGAGGCAUGAAAGCUGGUCAGCAGAAGCCCUGUUUCAGUGGCUGGACAAAGAGGAAACUACCCGAAGAUGUGCAAGCCAAGCUGGCAACUGUGUGAAAAUUAUAGAUGGAAAAUUGUGAAGAUUAAGAGAAAUUUACUAAAUUAAGUGUGGCGGUUAAUUUUGUGAUAUUCGUUAGCAAAAUUUAUGAUCCAAUAAAAUUUAAAUUAAAAA